AUGACUCAAUAUAGUACUACCACUACACGGAAAUUAUCUUCAAAGGAUUCAUUAUUAACUCCACUAAAGGUGUACAAAAUCCCAGAUCCUAUUUGGAGAGAUCAUUCUGAACCAUUUAGUGCUCCAACAAAUACUGACAACGCUGAUAAUUCUCCUAUCCCAAUUGCCAUAGAUUUUGGUACAGAUACUAUUAAAGCAGGCUACACCAAUUCUCCAACCCCUGCACUUGUUUUCCCAACUUUGUUAUCACGUUUUAGAGAUCGAAAAUUAAGAUCUACAUACACGUUCAUAGGGAAUGAUACAGACUUGGACUCUUCAAUUAAAAAUAACAGCAAAACUCCCUUUGAUGGCCCAUUUAUCUCCAAUUGGGAUUAUGUGGAGGAUAUUUUAGAAUACAUUUUUAACCAUCUCAGCGUUAACCAAAACAAUAACCAUACUUAUGAUGGAGUUCCUAAUGAUUUGAUACUGACCGAAAGAUUAGGAAAUGUUCUUCAACAAAGAACUAAUUGGUAUCAAUUAAUUUUCGAGUGUUUUAAUAUUCCAAGAGUUACUUUCGGUAUAGAUUCUUUAUUUUCCUAUUAUUAUAACAGUACUAUUUACAAUGAAAACAAUGGUUUGAUUAUUAAUAGCGGGAACGUUGAAACAGAUGUUAUACCAGUUGUUAACGGUAAAGGGAUCAUUAGCGAGGCCAAGAGGUUGAGUUGGGGUGGUUCGAAAGCCAUCAACUAUCUAAGUGAUUUGUUAUCUUUGAAGUAUCCUUAUUUUCCAGAUAAAUUGAGUAAUCAUCAAUUCAAAUAUCUAUAUGAAAAUUUUUCUUAUGUAUCCCAAAAUUACGAAGAAGAGUUAGAUAAUUUUUUAAACUUGGAGUAUUUAGAAACGCAUGAUAUUGUGGUCGAAUCUUCAUUUAACGAGGUCAUACCUGCUCAGAAAACUCAAGAAGAGUUAGACUUGCAAGCUGCUAAGAAAAGGGAAUUAGCUAAGAAAUUACAAGAGCAAGCAAAAUUGAAGAGACAAGAGAAAUUAGUGGAAAAACAGCAGGAAUACGAAUAUUACUCUAACGUGAAGGAACAAUUGAAGGAUCAACCGAAACAAGUUGUUUUGUCUACUUUAAGAAACGCUAAUUUUGAUGAUGAGAAGGAUUUUAAUAAAUAUUUAUAUAAUUUGAAAAGAUCCAUUCAACGAGCAACAAGUAAAGAUCUAGAAGAUGCUGCUGAUGAUGAGGAUGGCGAAAACUCAACCAAUAUGGAAACUGCAUUUAAUUUAGUUGAUGUUCCGGAUGAACAAUUAGACAAUGAGCAAAUUAAAGAGAAAAGGAAACAAAAACUACUAAAGGCUAAUUACGAUGCCAGACAAAGAAUUAAACAAGAAAAGUUAAAAGAGUUGGAAUUGAAGGAGGAGAUGGCGAGAAAGGACAAAGAGUGGAGAGAAACAGAUUUAAAUGCAUGGAUUAAAGAUAAAAGACAUAAAUUAAAUUCCUUGAUUAAAGGCAGAAAGGGAAAAUUGAAGUUGCAAGAAGACAUGAAAGAUCGUAAAUCUCAAAGCUCUCAAAGAAGAAUGAAGAAUUUGACAGCAUUAGCCGAUGAUCAACCCAGUACCGGCAACGGGAAAAGGUCAAGAAGUCAUACACAACAACAUCAACAAACUGUUACCAUAGAUAAUGAUCCUAACGACACCUUUGGUGCCAACGAUGACGAUUGGCUAAUAUACAAAGAAGUUGGUGCAACACCUGAAUCUCUUGAUGAGGCUAUCGAAGAAGAAUAUAAGAAGAUUAUAGACUUGGAAAAGAUCUUAUUAGAACAUGAUCCUAAUUUUACAGAAGAAGAUACUUUGGAUGCUCAAUAUGAUUGGAGAAAUUCUAUUUUACAUUUGUUUUUGAGGGGACCAAGACCACAUGACAGCGAAGACAGUCAUCAACAGCAUCAGAUGCACUUGAAUGUAGAGCGUAUACGGGUUCCUGAAAUUUUGUUUGAACCUUCUAUUGCAGGUUUGGAUCAGGCUGGUGUUUCGGAGUUGUCCAAGAGAAUUGUAUUGGGUAAGUUUGGUUCUUCUAAUCGUGAAUUAAGCGAGAUAACCGAGACAAUGGCUCAAAAUAUAUUAAUCACAGGUGGCCAUGGUAAACUCCCCCAAUUACGAGAGAGAAUCGUUAAGGAUUUUGAAGAAUUUAUGCCUAUGGGGUCUAAGUUCAAUAUACGAAUGGCACAAGAUCCAAUCUUAGAUUCUUGGAAAGGUAUGGCCAAAUUUGCACAAUCAUCCCAGUAUGCAGAGUCCUUUAUUACUAAACGAGACUAUGAAGAAUAUGGACCAGAAUAUAUAAAAGAGCAUAAUUUGAGUAAUGUUCGAUAUUACGAUUAA